GCGUGUGUGGGCAGAUAAUAUAGACAUUCUGAUGGUGAGCGGCGAUGCUCGUGGCCCUCCCCCCACCACCCCUCACCCCUCCACAGACAAAAGCUGUGAGCAGCUGUGACAGGUUCCUAGCGUCUGUGUCAGUCGGUCUGUGCUCGCCUUGACUUCAACAUGGAUGCGAUCAGAGCGUGGUCAUCUCUCGCUGUUGUCUUCUUUCUGACAGGGAGGAGAAGACAGCGACAAUUCCGAAGAUAACUCCCUCCUUACGAACACCGGUCCUAGACGUGGUGACCUCCGACCCCACCCUGAAUUUUGGUUCAGGUAUCGCCCCGUCAGGUCCGCACGUACUCAUGCCCACAUCCACAAAAGACAAGUAGCAAUGGAACCAACAACAGCAGCAACAGCAGCAACAGCAAGAACAGCAGCAGCAUCAUCUGGAGCGUCUGAGCGGCCUGGUACAUCUACUGGUACUCAAGACACAAGCAGGAGAUACCCGAAUACCUCUCCGCUUACAAUCACACCGUCCAGAAAAAGGGUGACGUCAACUGGAAGACCGAUGACGUCAUACAGGACGACGACGACGACGACGUCAGCCAGGCCAAGGAUGACGUCAUGGACGUCGUCGAUAUCCACAGCAGGGCCAGGUUGGCUCACAGACAGAGGAACGCAGACAUACCCGCCCAUGCCACAGACGACGACCUUAUCACGAUCUACAACAAAACCUUCCGAGACGAUGACGACAACGAUUACGAAGACAACAGUAUCGAUGACGCCAAAAGUGGUACCAACGCAACGAACAUCAACAGCAAAAGCAGAGUCGGUGUGGAGGUCAACAACUGUGAAAGCCUAUGGUAGCAACAACAACAUUGGCAGCAGCAGCAGUGGCAAUAACAACAACAACAACAACAACGACAACAACAACAAUAAUAACAACAGCAACAACAACAACAACAACAGCAACAACAACGGAAACAAAGUCACAGACACCAGCACGAGUGAUUCGAAGACUGGUCAGUCUCAUGGCGACCACACCGACUGCCCCAGUCCGGAAGGUCCGACCACUGACUUCGGCCGCCACGGCGUAUUGGCUUUCUCCAUCAGCUUGGCCAUAGCCUUCCUUUUGCUCUAUGCUAUUCUCAUGAUCAUCUUCGUGCCCAGAAUCAUGUCCAGAAGGAUGAAAAUGGACAAGAAAAACAGACGUAAACAAAGCCCCGAGAUCCCCGGAAUGUUCACGAGUCUGACUGGUCACUCUGACCUAGCCUCAGAUCCAGGCAUUCUCUUGACCGCCCCAGAAAAAGGCACUGCCACACCAUGUGCCAUCGAGGUAGUGGACGAAAAAGACAAAGGAGAGGACCGACCUUCCAGCGACUUAGAUAACAAAGUGUCCACUUUCCUGCUCCGACAAGCAUCCCAGAAAGGGACGGAAAACGACUCCAACUCCAACUAUGAGACACAACAAAACAACAUGGCUGAAAUUGAGAAGACAGCGACAGAAAAAAACGAACAGACAUCUCGUCCUAAUGAGACAACGCCUACCGAACAGACGACUCCUAUUGAGACAACGCCUACCAAUGAGACAACGACUACUAAACAGACGACUCCUAUUGAGACAACGCCUACCAAUGAGACAACGCCUACUGGUGAAGCCGUUCUCGACAAGAGUCCAGAAAGCACUGCGAAUGAUGAUGUCAAGAAUGCAAUGAGUGAUGUGGAAGCUACGUCCGUAGUCUAGAGAGAUCCUUGGGGGUCGGGGUGGGUGGGGGCGGGUGGAGGGGGGGGGAGAACAACGGUGUAAUUAGGGUCUCAUCUGAUUCCAGCUAUCACACAACAGAGCCAGAAAAGAAAAGAAAUGAAAAGUAAAAAAA